GAAUCGCCCGCAGUUUUAGACUUGUUCAAUCAGAAGCGACAUUCAGGGGACGGCCAAUCAGAACUCGGAGGAGCUCUGAGGGCGCAAGCGGAGCGGAGGGGAGGAGACGCCCGCUCCUUCGGUCGGAGACUCGGCAGACGCUGGGGCACCGCGGCGCAAGGAGGACGGGGUUAGGAAGGGAGGGGCCCUGGCUGGGAGUCGCCUGUCCGCUCGUUCUUUCCCGGAGAGAUUCGUCAGCGCAGCACGGGCUGAGACUCUGAAGAACCAGUAUUUACAAGACACCAGACUGCAGUUGGGCAUUUUGAGAUGUCUGGCUCAUAUGAUGAUUCUUUUGGAGAAGAGGUUUCUAGUGAUAGCUUCUGGGAGGUUGGAAACUAUAAGCGGACAGUAAAACGCAUUGAUGAUGGUCACAGACUUUGCACUGAUCUCAUGAACUGCAUUCAUGAGCGUGCAAGGAUAGAAAAGGGAUAUGCUCAGCAAUUAACAGAAUGGGCUAAAAGGUGGAAACAACUUGUAGAAAAAGGACCACAGUACGGGACUGUUGAAAAGUCUUGGCAUGCACUUAUGAUUGAAGCAGAAAAAGUGAGUGAACUACACCUAGAAGUAAAAGCUUCUUUAAUGAAUGAAGAUUUUGAAAAGAUAAAGAACUGGCAGAAGGAUUCUUUUCAUAAGCAAAUGAUAGGUGGAUUCAAAGAAAGCAAGGAAGCUGAAGAUGGAUUUAGGAAAGCUCAAAAACCAUGGGCCAAAAAGCUAAAAGAGGUGGAAGCUGCUAAGAAAGCAUAUCAUGUGGCCUGCAAGGAAGAAAAACUUGCUGUAUCCAGAGAGGCAAAUAGCAAAGCUGAUCCAGCCCUGAAUCCAGAGCAGCUAAAAAAACUGCAGGACAAAGUGGAAAAAAGUAAACAGGAUGUUCUUAAGACAAAGGAGAAGUAUGAAAAAUCUCUAAAAGACCUGGAUAGUACUACACCUCAAUAUAUGGAAAACAUGGAGCAAGUUUUUGAACAGUGUCAACAAUUUGAGGAAAAACGCCUCCGUUUCUUCCGAGAAGUAUUGUUGGAAGUUCAGAAACAUCUUGACUUGUCUACUGUUCCAAGCUAUAAAAAUAUUUAUCGUGAGUUGGAGCAGAACAUUAAAGCUGCAGAUGCUGUUGAAGAUCUAAGGUGGUUCAGAGCUAAUCAUGGUCCAGGCAUGUCAAUGAACUGGCCACAGUUUGAGGAGUGGUCAGCUGAUCUUAAUCGCACUCUCAGUAGAAGAGAGAAGAAAAAGGCUACAGAUGGAGUGACUCUGACUGGUAUUAACCAGACAGGAGAUCAAGUUUCACAGCAUAAUAAAAAUAGCAGUAACCUUAGUGUCCCGAGUAACACAGUGCAGUCAGUACAGUCAAGUUACAAUCCCUUUGAAGAUGAAGAGGAUACUGGAAGUACUGUCAGUGAAAAGGAGGACAAUAAAAUCAAAAAUGUUAGCAGCUAUGAGAAGAACCAAAGUUAUGGCGCAGAUUGGUCUGAUGAAGAGACCAACAAUCCAUUUUCAUCCAAUGAUGCCCAAGGAGAAAACAAUCCAUUUGAUGAUACCUCCUCUACAGUGGAGGUGAGAGUACGAGCACUGUAUGAUUAUGAAGGUCAAGAGCAUGAUGAACUCAGCUUCAAGACAGGAGAAGAAUUGACUAAAAUUGAAGAUGAAGAUGAACAAGGUUGGUGUAAAGGUCGCCUGGACAAUGGACAAGUUGGCCUCUAUCCAGCAAACUAUGUAGAACCAAUCCAGUGACAGAUAAUUCUGAAAGUGUCAGCCAGUAUGAAGCUUGUGGCUCACAGUGAGGGGAACUGUAAUGUAUAUAUAUUUCUUUUAAUGCAAUUGAUGGAUUGAUAUUUUGUGCCUGGGAAAUCAUCUAACUGUUCAGACUGGAACUGGGAAAAGGUAGGCACCCAACAAGCAAGACAAAACAACCAGAACAGAAUUUACAAUGUAGUACAGCAAGAAAAUGAUCCUUUUAGUAUAUAUUGACAACUUAGUAUUUUAUCAUGACAUCCGUAUAUUAUUUCAGAAUUUGCUAAAUUAAUGUGUCAUUCCCAGUAUUCUGGGUGGUGGCUUAUGUUAGCUCUUCUUUGAUCAGUUAUUUUAAGUGACCUUGAGUAAUUUGCAACUUGAUUUUUAAAAAAAAAAACUGCAAUUUUGUAUAUGUUCUUAGCAAUAUUUGGAAGAUGCAUUUUUAUUUAAAGAAUGUCUAAUCAGCUAUUUUCAUGUCUAGUUUAUCAACUACUACUUAAAUUAUGACUUGUAUGUAUUCCCAGUCCAGAGUGUACUGUCAGCUUUUUCAUGUUCUCAGCAUGGCUCAGUGAUAUAAAAGGCCAUAUUAUGUCUCUUACAGAAUAUUGUAGCAGAAUUGUCUGCAAAUAUUAAAGUUUGGGUUUCUCUUUAGAAUUCAGUUGAUGGUUUUGAAACCUGAAAUAUGACUUUCCUGAAUGAUGACUUCAGGUAGAUUUUUUAAAAAUGGAAUAUUUAAACCUAUUUCCACCGUAUUCUUGCUGAGAAACUUAAAUUUUGCAAGUUGUUAAUGAUUUUGAGUGAUUUGGAAAGUUAAGCAUAUAUGAAGAUUAUUUUUUCAAUGUAAAAUAGAUGAAUGCUUUUUUAUUGAUAUGCUCUUUAGGUUGUUUAUAUGUAUAUAUAAGUUGAUAUUCAGAAAUUUAAAGAGCAUGUCUUAAUUAGCAAGCCUGUUGUCUAUGCAUAUUUUGGAUAGAGUCUAGCACCAGUAAAUCAGUGUGAAUUUGCUGUCGACUUCAAUGGGAGGUGGAUUGAAGCUUUAGAAUAAGCUAAGCAAUUUAAAUUAUAGACACAUUUAGAUUUGCUUUGUUAUUCCAUACUUGUUUAGAUGCAAAGUAGAUCAGCUGCUCAAUGCAUUCUGCAGUGUAAUCUGGGUGUAGCAAACAGAGGAGUCCUCACAGGCUUAACUGUCCAGUUUCCCUACUCUUUCAGUAUCAAGUCCUGGCAUGGUGUGGGACACCUUGCACAUCCUAAUCAGCUCCUCCUGAAUCUUCAUGGUCAAGGACUGCAAAUUUGAUCUAACUUUCUUUGAGUGGUGCAUUGGAGGGGGAUUUUGGACUCAUGUACAAGGCUACCUAUUACUUCCUGUAAUGGUUUAGUACACUGAAUGUGUGCUAGAGUGGGGAUAGAACCAGGCUUUUUCAUGUGCUGUUGAGCUCCUUCUGCAGACUCUGCAGCUGUAGCACAUUGGAGUGAUGCGUAAGUACUCUGUGAUCUGGAUUCUCGCUUAAGGUGAACACAGUAGUUGCAUCCUAAAAUUUACAGUAAAAUUGUGGAACCAAAUGCAAACUAGCAUUAGCCCCACCAUAGUUUAUUGUAGCAGAACACUGUAAAACCUUCUACUUGUUUGCAACUGCGAAUCAGCUGUAAAAGUGUCAAUUUCUAUACAACUGCAAGAAGUAUACAUUGCUGGAUUGUGAACAUGUUAGAACAAGUUGCUUUAUAGAAAAUCAAAAUCCUUAUCAGGUAAGUAGAUUAGGAAGCUACACUGUAAUUGAAAUAACAUUUUGGUAAUUAAAAUACUGUAAUGCUCCCUGGUUAUUCCAAUUGGAGAUUGGGGUAUUUAUUAACACCUGAAGUUCUAUUGUAUAAUGUUGAGUACUGAAUCUCUGUCAUGAUGAUAUUUCAGGGUAAUUGUAUAGAAAUUUAAGGUCUGUCACAAAUGGUCAGGAAUAAGAUCCUGGAAUAUUUUUUUCUGUAUGCAACACUAUUUUAAAAAUAAUAAAACAUUACUGAACACAA